CCCGCGGCCGCGCUGCCCGCCGGGCCUGGGCCCCUCGGAUGAGGCGGUGAGGCCGCGGCGCUUCCCCCUCCCCUCCCGGAUCCUUCCCCCCCUCCCCUCCCCGUCCCUCCCGCCUCCUCCGGGGCCUCGGGCCCCGCUCCUCAUGUAGGAGGGAGGACCGAGGCCGGGGUGGAUGGUGCGAGGGGCGGGCGCGGAGGGAGUUUGAAGUUCGGGGGUUUCGCGGAGUCCCCCCCUCGCCGUUCCCGAGCGCAGCGGGGGAGGAAUGCCAAAUCCGGAGAGACAUGGGGGCAAGAAGGACGGCGGCGGGGGGUCCUCGCAGCCGGGCAGCGGGAGCUCCAACAGCAAGGAGAGACACCGGGCGGGCUCCAGGCACAAGAGGCACAAAUCCAGGCACUCCAAGGAGUCCCCGCUGGCGGCCCAGGAAGCGGCGGCGCCCCUGGGAGCGGUGAUCAAGCCGCUGGUGGAGUACGAUGACAUCAGCUCGGACUCGGACACCUUCUCGGACGAUGUGGCCCUCAAGCUGGACAGGAGGGACAACGAAGAGAGGAGGGCGGAGAGGAGCGAGAGGGCCCAGAAGCACCGGCACCACCAGCACAAACGACUCCGGGAGCUGAUGAAGAGCAAACAGGCGGAGAAAGAUAGGAAGUUGGAAAAGAGCCUGGAUUCUUCCAGCAGGUCCACCAAGGAGAGGAUAUCGGGAUCCUCCAAGAGGCUCCUGGAGAGCGAGGAGCACCCCAAGGCGCUCUCCUCCAAGAGCAGCAACAAGGAAUCGCGCUCGGCCAAGGCUCACAAGGAGAAGUCCAGGAAGGAGCGGGAGCUCAAGUCCAGCCACAAAGAGCGCAGCAAAAGCCAUCGGAAAAGGGAUGCUCCCAAAAGUUACAAAACCAUCGACAGCCCGAAGAGGAAAUCCAGGAGCCCUCACAGGAAAUGGUCGGACAGCCCGAAACUGGACGACAGCCCCUCGGGAGCCUCCUACGUCCAGGAGUACGACCUCAGCCCGCCCCGCUCCCACACGUCCAGCACCUACGAUCCCUACAGGAAGAGCCCCGGCGGCUCCUCACGCCGGCAGUCCCUCAGCCCGCCCUACAAGGAGCCCGUGGGCUACCAGUCCAACGCCCGCUCGCCCAGCCCCUACAGCCGGCGGCAGCGAUCCGUGAGCCCCUACGGCCGGAGGCGCUCGUCCAGCUACGAGCGGGGCAGCGGCUCCUACAGCGGGAGGUCCCCGAGCCCCUACGGCCGCCGCCGCUCCAGCAGCCCCUUCGCCUCCAAGCGCUCCGUGAGCCGGAGCCCCAUCGCCAGGAAAUCCGUGAAGUCCCGGAGCCGCAGUCCUGGAUAUUCAAGACACUCAUCUCACAGCAAAAAGCAGAGGUCUGGCUCCCGCAGUCGCCAUUCCAGCAUAUCCCCAACCAGGCUCCCUCUGAACUCCAGCCUCGGAGCAGAGCUCAGCAGGAAGAAGAAGGAGCGAGCGGCCGCGGCGGCCGCUGCGGCCAAGGUGGACGGGAAGGAGGCAAAGGGCUCCCCUGUUUUCCUGGCUAGGAAGGAGAACAGCUUGGCUGAACUGAAGGAGGCUGGGACAGAGUCUAAAAAGGUCACCAAAACUGUUAAAUCUGAGAAACCUCCGGACACGGACUCGGUUAAUUUACUGUACACGAACGCAGAGCCUAAAGCCCCUGCGGAGACGACGAAAUCCAAGGCAGAGGAGAACUCGGAGAGGAAACAUCCUGUUCCGGUUAGGGAUUCCAAACCCACGGGAGCGAAAGACUCGAAGCCUGUAGCAGUGGUAGAGGACCUGGUAUCUCCAAAGGAGACAGACACAGUGGAGAAGGAGAUUCCACCCCCCCUCCCCGCCAUCAAAUCCCCUCCUCCGCCUCUGCCGACCACCACCCCUCCGCCUCCCACGCCGCCGCUGCCGCCGCUGCCUCCGUCACCCGCUGUCCCGCCUUUGCCUCCGGCCCCAGUGACUCCUGUUCAGGUCCCUACUUCAGCCCCAACGUCUUUGCCAUCUUCUUCCCACCCAAGGACGUCUACUUUAUCCUCUCAGGUGAACUCCCAGUCCUCUGUCCAGGUGGCUACAAAAACCCAAGUGUCUGUGACGGCUGCUAUCCCACACCUGAAAACUUCCACCUUGCCUCCGCUUCCGCUCCCCCCUAUUUUAGUUGGGGAAGAUGACUUGGAUAGUCCAAAAGAGAUUCUUCCUCCAAAACCUGUGAAGAAAGAUAGAGAGCAGAGACCACGACACUUACUCACGGACCUCCCGCUCCCCCCAGAGCUCCCUGGGGGGGACCCAUCUCCUCCCGACUCCCCGGAACCAAAGGCAGCCACACCACCUCAGCAACCCUUCAAAAAGAGACCAAAAAUCUGUUGUCCUCGGUAUGGGGAGAGGAGACAGACGGAAAGCGACUGGGGCAAGCGUUGUGUGGACAAGUUCGACAUCAUCGGGAUAAUCGGAGAAGGGACGUACGGGCAGGUGUACAAAGCCAAGGACAAGGACACAGGUGAGCUGGUGGCUCUGAAGAAGGUGCGCCUGGACAAUGAGAAGGAAGGAUUCCCCAUCACGGCCAUCCGGGAGAUCAAAAUCCUGCGGCAGCUCAUCCACCGCAGCGUCGUCAACAUGAAGGAGAUCGUCACGGACAAACAAGAUGCACUGGAUUUCAAGAAGGACAAAGGUGCCUUUUACCUUGUGUUUGAGUACAUGGACCAUGACCUAAUGGGGCUGCUAGAAUCUGGCUUGGUACAUUUCUCAGAGGACCAUAUCAAGUCUUUCAUGAAACAGUUAAUGGAGGGGCUGGAUUACUGUCACAAAAAGAAUUUCCUGCAUCGAGACAUCAAGUGCUCCAACAUCUUACUGAACAACAGUGGGCAGAUCAAACUUGCAGAUUUUGGGCUCGCACGACUCUACAGCUCAGAGGAGAGCCGUCCCUACACCAACAAAGUCAUCACGUUGUGGUACCGACCCCCAGAACUGCUGCUCGGGGAGGAGCGUUACACCCCUGCCAUCGACGUGUGGAGCUGUGGCUGUAUCCUCGGGGAACUGUUUACAAAGAAGCCUAUUUUUCAAGCCAAUCUGGAACUGGCUCAGCUUGAAUUAAUCAGCCGGCUCUGUGGGAGCCCCUGCCCAGCCGUGUGGCCAGAUGUCAUCAAGCUGCCCUACUUCAACACUAUGAAGCCCAAGAAGCAAUACCGGCGGCGCCUGCGCGAGGAGUUCUCCUUCAUUCCCUCGUCUGCCCUAGACCUGCUGGACCACAUGCUGACGCUGGACCCCGGCAAGCGCUGCACAGCAGAGCAGGCCCUGCACAGUGACUUCCUGAAGGACGUUGACCUCAGCAAAAUGGCACCUCCAGACCUCCCCCACUGGCAGGAUUGCCACGAGCUGUGGAGCAAGAAGCGCCGGCGGCAGCGGCAGAGCGGGAUGGCCGUGGAGGAGCCUCCGGUAUCAAAAGUUUCUCGGAAAGAAACUACCUCUGUUACAAGCACAGACACUGUGAAAAACAACAGCAGUCCUGUGCCCCCCCAGCCUGCCCAGCUCAAAGCAGAGCCUGGCGCUGCAGAUGCAGUAGGCCUGGGCGACAUCACCCAGCAGCUGAACCAGAGCGAGCUGGCCGUGCUCCUGAACCUGCUGCAGAGCCAGACCGACCUGAGCGUGCCGCAGAUGGCCCAGCUGCUCAACGUCCAUUCCAACCCCGAGAUGCAGCAGCAGCUGGAGGCUCUUAACCAGUCCAUCACGGCCCUGACCGAGGCCACGGCGCAGCACCACGAGCCUCCGGCAGCAGCGGCAGAGGAAGCCAUAGAGGAGCCGCCUGCGGAGGUGCCGGAGGAGCAGGAGACUCCGGACGCAGCCAGCGCUCAGGGAGACAUGCAGAACAUGCUGGCCGUUCUGCUGAGUCAGCUCAUGAAGAGCCAGGAGCCUGGGAUAACCCUGGAGGAGAGCAACGGGGAGAAGAGCAGCGAGCAGCGGGGGCCCAGGAAAACCCCGACGAGGCAUCCCGAGGAGAGCACAGCGUGUCCUCCUGGCAUUGUCCCACCAGAGAAGAGACCCCCCGAGCCCCCCGGACCGCCGCCGCCUCCUCCUGUGCCCGAAGGGGAUCUCUCCGGCGCAGCCCAGGAGUUGAACCCGGCUGUGACGGCUGCGCUGCUCCAGCUCCUUUCCCAGCCGGACCCGGAGCCGCUCGGCCACGCCACGCAGGAGCCCCCGGCCCCUCGAGCCCCGGACUACGGCCGCUCCCACCCCUCCAGGACUUACAGCACCGACAGCUCCGAGGGGGGAUUCGGUGCCGAGGAGCUGAAUCCAGGCCAGACUCUGCUAGAACCUUCUGCCCAACCCCUGGGGAAAAGCAGGACCUUCUUGGGCUCCGUGAGCCACCUCGGGGAGAGCAGCAACUACCAGGGCACGGGCUCCAUGCAGUUCCCGGGGGACCAGGACCUGCGCUUCGCCAGAGUCCCCGUCACCAUCCACUCGCUCGGGCAAUCCUUCACCAAAUCCGAGGGGAGCAACAACAACGCGCUGGUACAUCCAGAGGCCAAAAUCCAGAGUUACGGCGAGUUGGGACCGGGAACAGCCGGUUCCAGUGGGGCAGGAACAGGUCACAGCUGGGGUGCCCCAACCCAGGCGCCUUCUUCCUACGGGAAGACAUUCCGAGGGCCUGGCAGAGUGCCUCCGCGGGGGGGCCGGGGCCGGGGGGUUCCCUACUGAGAUUCCCGGGAUCCCCCCUCGCCUCUCUCCUCCUUUAGCCACAGGACUUGAUUUUUUUUUUUCAAUUUUUUUCUUCUUUUUUUUUUUUUUUUCCCCAAUUUUUUUUGGCCAGAGCAAGGUCUCAUCCGCAUUUCAGCUGCUGCAGAGCUCCCCGUGCAUCCCUCCCUCGCUCGGGAGCUGCCAGAGGGUCCCCACUGGCCUCCCGUGCUUGGUUAGUGACAAAAAUAAUCCAAAUCCCGCAGGAGAACUGAGCCAGGAGAGGGGGGGAUUGAUGGAAAGGUAGGAAUGGAAGGAAGAAGGAAUUAAAAUGCUGUUUCCCCAAGCUGGGCACCAGAGUUUGCUGGCGGGUCAGGGAGGGCUGGGGAGAGGCUGCUUCCCAAAGCGGUUUUUUUGUUGUUGUUUUGUUUGUUUUCCCCAUUUCCUUAAGGAAGAAAAAAAAAAAAAGGAAAAAACAAAUUAAAAGGGGAAUUUAUUGAUGCAGAGGCACCUGGAUGGGUUAUCCCAGCAGUGGGGACCUGGGAUGUGACGCUGGUUGUGUUUGAUUUAUCCGAUGUUGCUUUCUUUCCAUGAAGCAUCCGUUUUCCCUCUGCUCUGGGGCCAGUCCUGUCUGCUGUGACAGCAGCCUUAGCACGUUGAUUUUUGGGAAGGGUCUCUGGGUGUUGCAUCCCUCCUGCAGUAACUUUGCAGCGGGAAUUGUCUUUUUUUAAAUUUUAUUUUGGUCUUUUGUUUAAUUUUUUUUUUUUUUCCUAAGAGCCGAGGAGAACACCUCCCUGAAAAAACAGGGAUUUCUGUCAUUUGUAACUUCCAGAACACUUAAAGAAUUUAAAAAACGGAAACAAAAAUCCCAACAUCUGGUGGGAUUUGCCACCAGAUGGGAGUGAUUUGUCCCCGGAAUCCUGGGCUGGUGCUGCCUAUCCUGCCGAGGUCGCUCGCAUCUCAGCCCUUUGAGGUUUUCCAGGUGUUCCUGUGUCACUUCCAUGAGCAUAUUUCUAUUUUUGGUGUUGUCAAGGAAGUAUUUACGAUGGAUUUUCUCCUCCCACAGACCCUUGCGCUGUUCAUUUCAAUGAGACUUAAAAAGAGAUGAAUAAAACAAAGGUACCUAUUUAUCAGCUUUUUUUUUUUCCCCCCGAGUAGGCCUUUCCUAUGGAAAACACUUAAUUUUGGAGCCGACAGUUCUGGAGUGUUAAAGGGGAGGGGAAUUUUGGGGUGGGCCAAGAGACCUUCUUGCUACUAACAGGAUUUAAUUUCUUUUUAUACAGAGAGAUAAAUUUAAAUAAAUGCACCUGAAUUAGGUGAUGCUUCUCCAUCUGGAGAGAUCCUGCCUUACCCAGCUUUGCCGUGGGAGGAAGGAAGGGAGAGAAAUUAAAUAUAUAAAUAUAUUUUUUACUUUUAUUUGGGGGUGAUGUGCAGGGACCAGCAGCUCCCAGCACUGAGGAGCGAUGCUGUUCGCAGAAUUCCCACUGGAAAUUUGUCGGAUUUGGGAUUUUUUUUUUUUGUUGGUUUGUUUGUUGUUGUUUUUGUGGUUUUGUUGGUUUUUUUUUUUUUAGCUUAGUUUCAUGCCUGAUGUGCAGAGAGAUAAAAAGAGAAGUUCUGUGAGACACAGAGUGCACUGAACCCACUGAGGGGCUUCAGAGAGGUUUAAUUUCCCUAUUUUCCCUUUUCCCAGCACCAGCUCCGGGCUGCCAUGGAGCUGCUGCUGCUGCUGUUCUUUUUCUUCCCAAUCCCAUCCGCUUUGGAAGGAAAAAAGUCUCAUUCCUGUGCUGAAUCCUCUUAGGAAGCCGAUGCCUAUUUAUUGUCUUUCCAAACUGGCACAUUCCCAGGAACGCUGCCGGGAACGAGCUGUCCUCGACCUCCCGCUCCUCGUGCCGGUGUUAUCCCGGCUUUGGGGCCCAGUUUAGGGGUCCUCGGUCCCAGUUUAGGGGUCCUCAGUCCCAGUUUAGGGUGGCCUCUCCCAGCUGGGUCUCCCCGAGGCCGCUCCGGCACUGCUCCAUCUCUUCCAGCAGGGCUGGGAAGGGGCUGAGGGCCCGGCAGUGGCUGCGGGGGCUCCUGUCCCACUCCAGCCAGGGAUGGGCACUCCAGGCAUCUGUUCCCUGCUCCAGCGUGGCCAGUGGCAGCUGCCAGCUGUCCCCACGGGCCCUCGGCGCUCCUGUGGAAGGUGGUUCUGCCAUUCCCUUCUCCCAGCCCCAACCACUCGGGGGAGGGACCUGUUAUUCCACUCCCAGUGGCUUUUCCUAACUGGUCCCAGCACGAGCCUUUCAAUCCCUGCCAGGGUCAGGGGGGCACACGGGGCCUGGGGGGGCCCAGCCUGGCCAGGUCCUGGGGGGCUGUGGGGCCACUCCUGGCUUCCAGCACCUCUCAUUCUUUUAUUUCCCUCCCGUUUUUUUUAAUUUUAUUUUAAAUGUUACCUUUUUUCCAACGCUCUGCACAAAGAAGACAAAAGGAUUCACAGAGUUGGGUGGGAUUUGUGCAUUUGGAAGGAUUGAAGCCGGUGCAGUUACAGACAUGGGGGCGAGGGCAGCUCCCCCCUCCUUCCCCCCAUCCUGGCUCUGGGUUCGAUCCCAAACUCUCCCACUGUAGCAGUUCCCAGCAGAGAAGCCUCUGGUCAGACUCUUACUGUACCUCUCCCGAGUUUCCUUUGGAGACCGAGCGCGCCUUUUUUCGGUUGUACCUUUGUCUCUGUACAGAUAUUUUGUAAUAUAUUAAAAUUUUUUUCUUUUCAGUUUAUAAAAAUGGAGAAGUGGAGAUUGGAAAAAUUAAAUAUUUCCUGUUACUGUA